CUUGUUGAAAGCAAUAGGAAUGGUAAGGGUGGCAGAAUGAGGAAUUCAAGAACUAAACUCACUACGGUCUGUAUGGCCAGAACGUUUAUUAAAUGAGGCGGUUAAAAUAGCAGAAAUGAUGGUGUAAUCUGGGUAUGGGAACCGGGAAAUAUAGCAGAACCAGAACAGGCCAUUCUGUAAACCCACCCUUUAGAUCAAAAAGGAGAAGCAGUGUGUGCGUAAUGAUUCUUGAAGCGAAGAACAUUAACCAUGCAGUUAUGCAGGCAGUCUCAUCAAACACCCUUCUGUCGUGUCUGUUGGCUACUGCAGCCUUGGUCGCAUUAGGCUGGUACAUGAAGGACUCUCUGAAAAUUGACAAUAUCGAGGAUAAGUAUGUCUUUGUGACCGGCUGCGACAGUGGCUUUGGCAAUCUGCUCGCCCGGCAGCUCGAUCGGAAAGGUUACAACGUGGUCGCUGCAUGCCUGACGGAAAAGGGCUCGUCGGAUCUACAGGCCUCCGCUAGCUCCAGACUGAAGACCAUUCUGCUCAAUGUCACAGACAGCGCCUCCAUUGACAAGGCUGUGGAGCUGGUGCGUGCCGAGGUCGGGGAGAGAGGUCUUUGGGGUUUGGUGAACAAUGCUGGGAGGUCCAUACCCAUCGGUACUGCAGACUGGAUGCAGAUGGAAGACUUUAAAAAGGUCCUGGAUGUGAACCUCGUAGGGUUGAUCGAGGUCACCCUCAAACUCCUUCCGCUGGUGAAGAAGGCCCGAGGCAGAGUGGUUAACAUGUCUAGUGUCCUUGGGAGACUGGCUAUAGUUGGGGGGGGCUACAGUGUGUCCAAAUGGGGCGUGGAGGCCUUCUCAGACAACCUGAGGAGGGACAUGCGGUUUUUUGGGGUGAAAGUCAGCAUCAUUGAACCUGGCUAUUUUAAAACGGGGGCAACUGAUAUGGAUGCGAUUGAGGCAGAUCUUUGGCGAAUGUGGAACCAGCUACCAGCAGAGGUCAAGUCUUCGUAUGGCGACCGCUUUAUGGAAAAAUAUUUGCAAAUACAGCGUUAUCGCAUGGACAUGCUAUGCAGCACAGAUCUCUCCAAGGUGACUUGGUGCAUGGAGCAUGUCCUGACAGCCCGACACCCCAGGACACGCUACGCCGCUGGCUGGGAUGCUAAGAUCAUAUGGAUUCCUCUCUCCUACCUCCCUUCAUCCAUAACAAGCUUCACCUUGAACAUUCUCCUCUCACCCCAUUUCAGAAAAUGAGCAACGGUCCCAUUGGCUAUGCUGAUCAGUGUUCUUCAAAAGUGUUCUUGUCUUAACGUGCUGUAGCUUAAUGCGUGUAUUUCCUCCACGGAUUUCAUUCAUGAAAGUGGAUAAAAAUGAGAAUUAAAAACAAAUAUAUAAUCUUCGGCAUAAAAUAAAUUAAUUGCGGGUAUAAAUAAAUAAAUCCUUCCCAUAGAUAAAUAAAUAAAUCUGAGAAUUUUAUUUACGCCAAAGAUGUAUGUAUUUACGUCCUCGUUUAUUUAUUUCCAGAUUUGUUGAAGUAUGAGGCACCUAGUGUUCAAUCUGUUCAGCUACUUCCCAAUGCACCUUGUGGAAGCCAUUGUGCGACUAGAGACAAGUUAAGACAACUAGUUAAUCUCUUACUAUUGCUUCUGCCUGGUUUACCUGUCUGACCAAUAGUGAUUUAGAAUGGUGUUAGGGCUGCCCACCUCCUUAACAUAUUUAUCUAUAAAUAAAUAAAUCAGGAAAUUAAAAAAUACAUAGUUAACCUAUUAUUCAUUCAUUUAUUAUAUAAAUGAAUUUAUUAUUCAUUUAUUUAUUUUAAGUGACGUUUCCUCUUCCAUAAAGACGAAAUAAUAGCGAUUCUAUUUUGAGUGACCAUUUCACACCCUUAGAUUAAUUGUGUAGAUGUUUAACUCAGUUUAACGUUAUCCCCAAUAAAGUGUAGCACAUAACAAUGGUUAUCGUAAGUUUUUCCUGAUAAACAAGUAACAUUUCUUUAAUGGGGUUGACGCUAAGCUACCUGCUGUAUUAUAUUUUGGGAAAUAAAUCCAGUAUUGCUCCCAGCUCCCCCUACUGGCCAAACAGUGCUAGACCCUGAGACCAGGGCAACAUUCAGGAGAUUCAAUGAUAAAAUAAGAAAUUUAUUAGA